CAAAACUUGGAUUCUUUGUAGGAAGGGAGCAAGACCGUACAAGCUUGAAUUCUUGAGUCGCUGGCACCAAAUGGAAUUCACAAAGAAGGAGAAAUGACGAAUUUAACGAGCCGCAACAGGAAUGAAUCCCAAUACUUAUCCAGCUCCUUGACAUCCAUCGCUAUCCUGUGAUGCCUCCAGGUUUUGUGACAUCUUCAAAUUUGGAAAUUGUACCCCUCACACCAAGGACACAGGCACCACUGGCAAGGUGAUUAUCUAUGGCCUACCCCAAAAUCCCCUAGAGAAAGAGGAGCUCGCAUUGGGGGCAAAGGUACUAUUUCAGGUAUGAUGAAGCCACCCUCCAGUUUGGCAGAACUGGACCACUGGGCAUCCCAAACACCUGACACUUCCACUGCCAUAACCUUGCCAUUAAUGUAGGUGGCACGUAUAUUUCCGCAAGCCCCUUCAGCACCCGCCGCUCAUCCCGGUUGGCAACGAGUCAGUAACUCCCCCUCGCUUGUCUCGAGCCUUACCAUCGCUAUUAACCUGCAGCACCCGCCGGUUCUCAACGGCCAAGGAUUCGAAAACUGGCUCGAGCCGCUCUCCUGUCGCGCGAGAUUUGGACGCCGCGGUCUGAAUGGACGCCGCAGCUCCCAUACGCAGUUAGCUGGUUUGGCACUCCCCUCUCUUCCGGAAUCGAGAGCAAGAAGAGCAGCCGAAUGGUGACCUGGGCCGGGCCUGGGCUUCACGUACGCUUGUGUGUAUAACUGACCUGCCCAUUAAAUUUAUCCGAAUGUCUUGUUUGUCGCUCUCUGCUGUGCUUCACUGAAAGACUCUUGUCAUGUUGGAUGUUGGGAAGUGGCCAUUGUUUGCCUUGCUUCCACCACAAGAUCUCAGCUCCAUUCGCUUAGCCUGUGUCUUUGGCGCGUCUGGUAAUGAAACCCUUUAUGUCACAGAAAAUGAUGAGGUGUUUGUCCUUGGGACUAACUGCAGUGGUUGCUUAGGAACUGGGGAUAUUCAGAGCUCAAUCGAACCCAGGAAAAUCGAAAUUUUGUGUGGCAAGAAGAUCGUUCAUCUAAGUUACGGAAGUGGACCCCACGUGGUGCUUGCAACCUCAGAUGGAGAGGUUUAUGCUUGGGGAAAUAAUGGUUACAGUCAGCUUGGCAAUGGAACCACUACACAAGGCUUGUCUCCAUGUCAGGUUUCGACCAAUCUGCUCAACAAGAAAGUAAUUGAGGUGGCAUGUGGAUCCCAUCAUUCCAUGACAUUGACUUCUGAUGGGGAAGUGUAUGCUUGGGGUUACAAUAACUGUGGACAGGUGGGAUCAGGGUCAACUUCCAAUCAACCGACUCCACGGAGAGUGACCAGUUGCUUACAGAAUAAAUUGGUUGCCACUAUUGCUUGUGGUCAGUCAUCUUCCAUGGCAGUUUUGGAUAAUGGAGAGGUGUAUGGUUGGGGUUACAAUGGUAAUGGGCAGCUUGGAUUGGGUAGUAAUGGCAAUCAACCAACGCCAUGCAGACUGGCAGCAUUACAAGGAAUACAUGUGUGUCAGAUUGUCUGUGGCUAUGCUCAUGCUCUUGCACUAACAGAUGAAGGUUUGCUCUAUUCCUGGGGAGCUAACGCAUAUGGCCAGUUGGGCAGUGGCAUUAAAAGCAACCAGUCUUGUCCAGUCCAGAUCAUGGUGGACAAGGAAAGGGUUGUGGAGAUCGCAGCCUGUCAUUCCACUCACACCUCGGCUGCUAAGACCCAAGCUGGUCAGGUGUACAUGUGGGGCCAAUGUCGGGGCCAGUCAGUCAUCCUCCCAUACCUAACACACUUUACCUGCACGGAUGAUGUGUUUGCCUGCUUUGCCACUCCAGCUGUUACGUGGCGUCUCCUAUCCAUAGCCUCUGCAAGAAAUGGAUCGGAUCACAAGAUCACAAAGGAGCAGAAGCAGGCCAUUCAGCCCAAAAGUGACAAUCACUUGACAGUAGCGCAAUCAAUGAAGAAAGAAUUUGACAGCAUAGAAACCUCAGAUUUAAAGUUUCUUGUGGACGGAAAGACUAUCCAUGCUCACAAAGCUGUUCUCAAAAUAAGGUGCGAACACUUACGAUCCAUGCUCCAUGACGAAGAAGUGAUUGAAAUUGACCAGUUUAGCUAUCCAGUGUACCGUGCCUUUCUAGAAUACCUCUAUACAGACUCUGUCAAUUUACCUCCUGAGGAUGCAAUAGGCCUUUUGGAUUUGGCAGCAUUUUAUGGAGAAAACAGCUUGAAAAACCUCUGUGAGCAGACUAUUAAACAAGGUAUUUCUGUGGAGAAUGCCAUCACUUUACUCUCAGCUGCAGUAAAAUACCAAGCAAAGGGGUUGGAAGAGUUUUGCUUUAAGUUCUGUGUCAAUCAUUUGACAGCCGUGACGCAAACACAGGGCUUUGCUGACAUGGACCAUGAGCUCCUAAAGGACUUCAUCAGCAAGGCCGGCAAGCAUGGGGCAUUCCGGAACUGAAGCAGCAACUCAAAUUUCCAAAGGUGUCACCUUUGGCAGGAACACACCUUCAUGGAUACCUGCUGUGGCGUAACUUUAAAUAGGCUAUUCAUUUGGUGGUAUUCCAGUUGAAUUCCUUGCUUGGAACCCAGCGACUCAUAGAUCGACCAAGCAGUUGCUAUAAUGUGAUGUGUAGCCAGGCCUUGUCUGCUUUUUCUCCUUUACCAUAAAUCACAGAUUAUGGCUGCUGCAGCAAUCUCAGCACAAAUCAGUGAUUAAACUGGGAUCGACCAUGUAGGUACAGUAUACUUCAUCUGCUCAUCGGGAAGUGGAAGGGUAGCAAAGGGAGUGACACAGGUGUCACACUUGCAGAUCUAUAAUUUUCAGCACCAUUUACAAUAAUGAAAUAUCAGAUUACACAAAUCAAUCUCUCAGUAUGCUUUCCAUGGGACUACUGAAUUAUAUCUAAAAUGUAAUUUGGAACUAAACAUUGUGGUCUUGCUUUCAGAAAUCAGUGUUGUGAUUCCUUCAGUCAGAGAUUUCACAUCAACUAGUCUAGUAAUCAUUCUCUAUUACCAUAAAAUGAUAACUUAAUCUCAUAAUUGCUGGGAAUGUCAGCUAUGAACUAUAGUUGGAUCUUUUAGAAAAAAUGAACUUUUUGUAGUCUAAAGCAAAAGCACAGAGCUUCAUCUUUGCUCAACUAUGAACCAGUGACACUUCAUACACUUUAAUUCUUGGACCUAUGCUCUGAUGUAUCUGCUGGAGUCCACAGCUGGAACUUUCCAUCUGAUUGACAAACAUAUUUGAAUUGUCUGACAUUUCAAACUGGAAUAUAUUCUGGACAAAAGAGGUUUCAUUGCAGUCUGGAUCUUUUGGUGGUUACCCUAUUACAUUUCACAGCCAAAAAACCUUCCCUAAAAAUUAAUACCUUAGCUCCUUCGAUAGCCUCUGGCUCUUCCUUCUCAGUUUGUUACGCUUGCUUAGUUGUGCUGGCUUGAACCACCUCUUGGUUUUCCAAAAUUUUGGCAGGAAUCUAUGCAGUGGGAGUAAGCGAUUGCUCAUAUCACAGUUUUGUUGCCUUGUGACUCCUUUUAUGAUGCAUGGCUAUUAAGCUUCCUGUUCAAACUAUAUGAAAAAAUAGAUAAUUACACCUGCAGAUUAUGAGCAUUAAGUAAGCUCAUUCCCCAAAGUUGCUCUCAAUCCCCUACUUGUAUUUUAUCAGACAAGCCAGACAAACAGGAAAACAAUCUCAAUUUCCAGGACCAUAUAGUCACUUUUGCAUUCUGCAAAAGAGACUACAAUAUUAAAAAUGAGGAAGUGAUAGAAUGGAAUGAGGUGUACUAUAAAAUCUAUUAUUCUGACCAAGCUCCUCUCCUUAAAUCAUCAAGCAGAAGUCUAACAGAGUUGUACACUGGCUGCAGAUCAGUUUCUAUUUUUACACUAACAAGUUCUAGUAGUUUAUCAGACUCACCUUAAGUUUUAAUAUACAGAUUUGGAGACAUAACAUUAGAAGCAGACUUGCACUAUAUUUUGUUUCAAUCUUUCCCCCUAAUUUAACCUGAUAUUAUAGAAAUCUUUAGCAAAUGUUAUUUUGAAAUUGAGUUGAGUAGGACUAAUAUGGGGAUUCCUUAGUUCACACAAUAUUUCAAACUACUGUUACGGACAGGAAAUGAAAUACCUUAUGAUAUUGAGUGAACAUUAUGUCACACCCCAGUAGCAAAGAUUUUAAUCAUAUUUGUCAUUGCCAACAAGAAACAAAUGUAAGAUACUUAUAAUAGUUUACUAACAGGAAGACAAAAGUAUUAAAGUUAAUGACUGGAAAGUGUAUUUAUAAUCUAGAGGAGCAAAUUUAUAAUUAUAUUUGUCUUGAGUGUUGCAUUGUAAUUUGUUUUGGCAUUUUAUGUUAUAAAUAGUAACUAAAUCUACGUUAAACUUAUUUCAGAACUGUAACAGGAUUUUUGAUUUUAAAAGUUACUUUCAAAUUUAGGAGUACUGUAUGCUUAUUACAUUUAAAGCAUAUAGUUAGCUUUGAAAAUGGAUGUUGGUUUUAAUACUAUAUACAACUUGUUUAAUUAAAAUUAAAGUGGCAUUUAACUUUUCUGACAUACUCAUUACCUAAAAAUAAAGGAUG